AUGGCUGAAUUGCUUGCCAAUAGUGAUGAUAAUGGAUAUAAGCAUAACCAAGUAGCAGUCGUAGCGAUCCCUCUUCCAGCUCAAGGCCACAUUAACCCGCUCUUCAACCUUUCCCACCUCAUCGCCUCUUACGAAAUUCCUGUCCACUUUGUUGGCUUUGUUAGCCACAACCGACAAGCCAAACUUCGAGCCCAUGGUCUUGACCAAACAAACUCACCUGUUAACAUAAUCAGUUUUCAUGAUCCCCCUUUCACUUCUCUCCCUUCGCCUCGUGAACCAAACAAGACUAGUAAAUUCCCUAUUCAUCUCCAAUGUAUUUCCGAGGUUUGUCACCUACUCCGUCACCCUACCUCUCAGCUUUUACGAGCCCUUUCAGCUAAGUACCGAAGAAUCAUAGUCAUUCAUGACAGUCUAAUGGCUUCAGUCAUCCAAGACAUUAAAUCUAUCCAAAAUGCAGAGUCUUACACUUUCCAUACUAGUUCUGCUUUCACCAUCUUCUUCACGAUAUGGGAAUCAAUCAUUAAUAAACCAUUUAAUCUAACCUCAGAUAUCCCAAAACAUGUUCCAACUGGUAAUGGUUGCUAUAGCCCGGAAUUCAACAAGUUUAUAGCUAAUCAAUACAAGCUAUUGAACUUAAGUUCUGGAAGACUAUACAACACUUGCAGACCACUUGAAGAUAAGUACAUGGAUCUGAAUACAAAACUUCCUGCCAAUGAAAAAUUGAAGCUGUUCGCUGUUGGCCCAAUAAACCCAAUGAUGAAGGCGUCGUACAAAGCUAGGUCAAAGAACAAACACGAGUGCCUAGAUUGGCUUGAUCAGCAAGAGAGGGACUCGGUGAUCUAUGUUUCGUUUGGGACUACAACGUCCAUGGCAGAGGAACAGAUCAAGGAAUUGGCAGAUGGACUGGAGAGGAGCGCGCAGAAGUUUGUGUGGGUGUUGAGAGAUGCUGACAAAGUAGACAUUUUCAAAGAAGAUGGGUUGCUAAAAGGCCAUGAUCAUGAUCAGUUACCUGAGGGGUACGAGGAGAGAGUUAAAGGCCUUGGAUUGGUAUUAAGAGAUUGGGCACCCCAGCUAGAGAUUCUAGGACAUCCAGCUACUGGAGGAUUUAUAAGUCAUUGUGGCUGGAAUUCUUGCCUUGAAAGCUUAAGUAUGGGAGUGCCAAUUAUAACAUGGCCUAUGCACUCAGAUCAGCCAAAGAACAGUAUGUUGGUUACAGAGGUGUUAAGAGUUGGUGUGGUUGUCAAAGAUUGGGCUCGCCGUGAUGAGCUUAUAACAUCGAAUGCAGUAGAGAGUGCUAUCAGAAGAUUGAUGGCAUCAAAUGAAGGAGAAGGGAUAAGGAAAAGGGCAAGAGAAUUGGGAAAUGUAGUCAGAAAAUCAGCUGCCAAAGGUGGUACCUCUUGCUCAGAACUGGAUUCUUUUGUGUCCCAUAUUACCAGAUAA